AUGGGGAAGCGAACACGGCGAGGGAAGAGGAAAAUCACCUCGCUGAACGAGCUGUACGAAUUGGAGUAUAAGAGUGAAGAACCAAGUGUAGAUGCAAACAAAGAAAGAGACAAAAAUGGAAAACAAGUUAACCACUUGAUACUUGAGGAGUAUAAAAAAUUGAAGGAACUCGAGGAACCGACUGAACAAAAAGGAAAUGAAAAACAUGGAGAGGAAAGAAAGAACAAAUCAGCCCACGCAACUUUUUUGCAAAUCCUAAAAAAAAAGGAACAGCAAGAAAGAGGAACCAAUAGAGACACCAGUAAUCACGUUAGGAAAAAACGUUUAAAUGGGCGACCCGCUUUAGCAGAUCCUUCCGAAGGGACCACCUCCGAUGAAGAAGAUGCGAACCGAGGAAACUCUCCUAAAAAGGGGGAAGCGAAAGAAGGCACCUCAAACAAUCAAAACAAAGAAUCCAAAAUAAAUGUUCCAAAAAAUGUAGACGACUUGUACAUGUCCUUUCUAAUAAGAAGUAUAAAAAGGCAGAGGAGCCAACAGAUCGGAAGAAGGACCUCCCCCAAAUGGGAGAGUUGCCAACGUGAGCACAAAACAACUGAGGUGGGAAACCCGACGGAUGAUUGCUCUGUGAACGGGAGCGAAGUACACAGCGAAGAAGCUCCUGAAAGAACCCACCCACACCCCAAUUACUGCCAUACCUAUAAAGCCAAGUCCAUUUUUAAAAAUUACAUGAACGAGUCAUACAAGUUGCAGGAAAACAAAAUGGACUACUUCUUCACCUUUUGCCAAAACGUGGACGAGAAAUUUUUGCAAAAAUUUUCCUCCAAUAAAGUAAGCAAAGUGAGCAAAACGGAUGGCGCAGAGCGAGCCAGGAAAAACGAAACCAUCGAGGAGGCCUACGUGACGUCCAACUUGUUCUUGGAAACGAACAUUUUUAGUAGCACCAGGGAUGCAAAGCCUACCGUGGAGCAUACUAACGACCACACCGACAAUCACGCCGACCCAGAGGGCGAACUUUUCUGCGACGUCGAAGUGAAACCGCAUUUUUUCUCGACCUACCGGGAGAAAAACCAUCUGUCAUAUUACCUAUUGAACGUCCUAGACACGAACCCAAAGUGCUUUCUACAGAAAGACAACCCCUACAACGUGUACGAGCCCAUAGUCGAGCGUGCACACAAUUACCUCUCCUCCUUUGAGCACCCCCUAGCCUACUUCAACAAGGAUAUUUACAGAUACCUCAGAGAGUACUACGGUGAUUGUCCCGAUCGAGUGGUUACUCAUCAAAAUGAUGAAAAUUACGAUAAUGGAGGAGACAAUCCUAUUAUCGAAGACGACCACUAUGCCUCCCCUCCCCGCCAUGGAAAGCCGACCGGCCGACUCGAGAAGGACAAGGAAAAAACGCUAAACGUGGUGCACCUCAUGCAGCACGACGAACUGAAGAGCUACUUCCACUACAUCAACUCGUACGUAGAUGUAUUGUAUUCAAACCAAAACAUCCUUAACAGCCAUUUUGUUAGACUCCAAAAUACCAUCCACCUCCUUACCCAUUUAAAAAAAAGGAGGAAGAGAAAAAAGUACAUAAAAAAAAAAAUAGAAAAAUUGGAAAAGGAACAACAGGUGGAAAAAGACGACGUGCAGGUAAAGGAAGAGCUCUGCGAUGAAAGUUUCGCAAGACCAAAAAUUCUAAUCCUCUGUGGAUUCAGGCACAUUGCAAAGGAGUACACCGAUUUAAUCAUCCACAUGUUAGCACCCACAGAGGUGAAAAAUAAAAACAGAUUUAUUAACGAAUAUGAUGUAACUGCUGAAGAGAAAAAAUGUAUCAAAGAUGUCUUCCUAAAGAAGAGAAAACCCAUUGACUAUAUAAAUUUGUACAGAGGAAACAACGACGACUGUUUCAGGUUAGGAAUUAAGCUACUCGACGAUGAGAAGAAAAUACAACUGUACAGCCCAUUCUAUGAGAGCGAUAUUUUAAUAUCCUCCCCGCUUGGACUGGAAGUCAUCAUUAAGGAAAGCCAUGGAGAGGCCGACGAAAAAAUCGGGAUGGAUAGUGAGGACUCUUCCGACCAAGACGGAUGGGGGUACGAGGAAAAGGGUACAUCAAACAGGGGAAAAAGAAACAACCGAACCGAAGGAGGCAAUAAGAAAAAAAAAAAAAAUGAAAAAAAAAAAAAAAAACUUUACGAAUACGACUUUCUCUCUUCCAUCGAAAUUUUAAUCAUCGACCAGGCAGAUAUCAUUUUAAUGCAAAACAUUUUGACGCUAAAGAAUGUCCUAAAUUUUGUGAACAAACCUUUACUCAGAUGGGGAAGUGCCAACAUAAAUCGAAUCCCCAAGUAUGUCAUAAACGGGUACAUGAAGAACUACAGACAAACCAUAAUUACCUCCAGCAUUUUGGACACAACGUUCAUUUCGCUAAUUCAAGCGGCGACCAAUUACAGGGGCUUCGUGAAACUGUUCAUGAAGGGGGGAGACGCGGAGGGGGAAAAUAAGCAGUUGAUCGAUGAGAAAGAUGGACCACGGACUGACGAGAACAGUGGAAAGCUGCUCAACGUAGAUGACCCGAACCUCCCCUGCAGAACGAUCUUGCUAAGCGUAAGAAACCACUUCCACAUAAAUCAGUAUUUCAAAAAAAUUGAGUGCCCGAACAUUCUCCAAAUAGAGGAAAACAUCAUACAGUUUUUCGCCACAAACGUAAUUGACAUCCUCACAAAUAUUAAGCAGCUCCUCAUUUUUUUACCUACCUACAUUGAAUACCUUCGCAUAUACGAAAUUUUAAGAAAAAAUGAAAUUUCCUUCAAAGGGGUAAACGAAUAUACAAAUGAAAAAAAAAUUGGAAAAAUUCAAAAGCUCUUUAAACUUGGAAGAAUAAACAUCCUGCUGGUUACUGGUCGUUUGGUUUUUUACGAGAGGUGUACCUUCAGGGGGGCCAACCACGUCAUUUUUUUUUCUCCCCCCAAAUUUAUUUUUAUGUACUAUGAAAUGAUUAAAAAUCUAGUCCCUUCGUCAAAUUCGUCCUCCAUUUGUUAUUAUACAAAAUAUCAUACUUACGAGUUGGAACGUAUCGUGGGGCAAAAACUGGCCAUGCAGUUGAUGCGCGAAAAGCCCGGCAAAAUUACUCUCUUUAAGUGA